GAGAGCGCUUUACACGUGUGGAACGUGUCUUCGCGUAACUCCGUGCAUUACAGAACACGCACGUACCUCGUCAGCGUCAACAUAACUGCGCAAUCGUAUACGACCUUCCGCCGAACUUGGAACCACGCGCGUGCCUUGACAGUCGUGUAUUUGGCGGGAAGCGCGGUACUGUUUUCAUUUAGAGUUUAUGCAGUAUCAGAGUCGAUUCAGUGGCUCCCCACCGCGUCAGCGAACAGCAUAUUGGUGCUUUCGGGCCGUGUGCAAUAACGUUUUACGCUAAAUAUUCUUUUGCCGAGCGAGAAAUAUUGUGUAAUAUAUUUAUGUGCUUCACAUUACACAGACGUGAUAAUUGUGAACUCAGACGGCCCAUGCACGAUCAGUUUUUAAUUUCAACAGUAACGUGGUAAUAACCUUCGCGGGAAUACGUCGAAACACGUUCGCCGUCUCUUGGAUGCUCACGCGCAAGUGCGAGCAACGUUGCCGGUUUGUUCUUCCCGCGGGCUAUAGCGACAGAUCUGUGAGAAGAGAAGAAAAAAAACCUGGAAACGUGUUCGAUUGCUGACAUCUAUUUCGGUUGUUCCGACUGUGGAGUUGUAUACCCAUCUCUGAUGAAAUAUGAGAUAGUUGUUACUGUUUUCCUGUCUUGCCUCUCGCUCUUUCAUCGUGAUACGCAAUACUGUGUUUACCGUGUUGCCAAACUUUCUAGUUUCGUCGUACACCCUUCGCCUUGUCGAUGAUACACUCAGUUUUUAAAUCUAACUUCGAAUUCGCGGAUGUGCCCCGUGAAAAAAUCAACGUCAGAAAGUGUUGGGUGCACCCACGAUCCACUCAACGAUCACCGUAGUCGCGAGGCGACGCUGAGCACGGCCAUUAUUCGAAAUUCGGUGUGUCGCGCCACGACAACGUUGCCACAUCUUCGCGAGCCGCGAGUAUUUCAACGUACUGUGAACAAUUCCUGGAAGAAGAAUCAUCUCCGUAAAUGGGACGUAUGUAUGUAACGCGUAAAAAUCAAUGCAAAAAAGGUCGACUUCUAAAGCAGCGCCGCGCGUCUAUUAAAAUCGAUCGUGUUGUGUAGAUUCAGUAGUGGCGAAUCGCGAAUCGAAAACAGUGACGCUGAAGGAAAGAAGGACGGAAGGAGACGGGGAGUGAGAAAAGUAGUGACUGCGUGAAGAGAAACGGAAGCUGUUUAUUCGUGAAAACGCUUGGUUAUUGGUAACUGCGAGGGAGAACGGCAACGUUGCCGGCGUGAAAGACUAACGAAAUAUGAGCGCUCGAGUGUUGAAUCCGGUGAUGAUGACGGAAAUGAGCAGGAAUUUGGGUGGAGGACGAACGGUGCCGAACAGAGCAGCCCUUGCCCGUGUUCGAAGGGAUUUAUUCGGACCCGUGGAUCACGCCGCAGCUCGUGCAUUGGCGGAAAGGGAGCUUCGCGCUCAAUCCAUACUCGAUGCCGAAAGAUGGGGCUUUGACUUUCACUUGGAGAUACCAAAAGCUAAUUCGAGGUACGAGUGGGAGCUAGUUACACCACAGGAUGUCGUGCCUGAACCCUAUGCCCUACGAGGUAUGCCCUACUUAAGGAAACACGCACCUAGUACGCCUCGGAAACUACGAGAUUCCUCGCCCACCACAAGAUUCCUCCGUAAAGAUUCUUCGUCUCCGGUAACUCCGAUUUUAUCGAAAUCGGAGAGGACGCCACCACAGGAGCCAAGAGUACCACAGAUCGGCGAAAUAACCACCAACGAUUUGUUCGAUUUCGAUUCGGACAAGAAAAUAUACAUCGCUGAACCCACUACCCCUGUUUUAUCAACCUCCACAACGAGAAAACAGUCCUCCAUAACCGACUUCAUGAAGAGUCGUAAACGUAGCCUAAACGGUAGCGCGAAGAGCAUGAUAGAGCCGCCGGAGAAGAUCGCUCGCAACGCGGGUCAGAUACGCAGCUAAAAGCCUUCCAGCUUCCUCCUUCAGCCUCGCUGUCUUCUUCCAUCUCCUUGGAGCGCGAGUGGGACCGGAAACACGAAGCAUCACUGCCAGGAGGAACGAGAAAGGCAGAAGCUCUGGCAGGAGGCGCGAGGUCCGUUGGCUGUGCCAUUCACGUAGAUUUAUCCGCCAUGAAUAUAGGCGAAAACGGUGGGAGAAAAAGAAAUGGAGUAGUGCCGUUUGUUUCAUUGCGUAUACUUUCGUAGACAUGCCACGGAAAUUUACAAAAUAGUAGCAACAACGACAUUAAUUAGAAGUACGAAUACAAGAAGGACGAUAUUCCAUGGUUGUUGCUAUCUCUCCUUUUUUUCCUUUUUUCUUCUUUUUUUAUAUCUCAUUCGUGUCGUUUUGUUCUUUUGCAUUAGGCUACACAGAUUAGAAUAUAUACAACGAUAGAAAGAGAGAGAGAGCGAGAGAGAGAGAGAGAGCGAGAGAGAGAGAGAGGAAGAGAGAGAAAGUGCGUGAGUACGUUAAUUUUUCAUGAAAUUAAUUAAUGUAAUAUAUUGUUCGUUUAAUUCUGAUAUGAAGCGAGAGUAAGUUAGUGACGAGGUCGUCGCACACAUAGGUACAUUUUGAUGUAAGUGUAAGCAGACAAAAAAUAUAUAAAUACCUUGAUAUGUACAUGUUAAAAAUAGGUAUUAAGUAAAAGUGAAUUGCGUUUCUAUUAAAAUUUACGCAAGAAAGACUACUUGAUCCUGAUCUGCUAAUUUUUGGAAAUCGGAGACUGUUUCGAUCAACACUCUGUGAGUUUUCAUCGACUGUUUCAUUCAAUGAGGACCCACAGAUGUUUGAACAUACAUAUCUACGUAUAAAUAAUAACGAAGCUGGUUCUAUCGGACGAAUUUCGCGACAGUUUUGACUGUGUCCUUGAAACGGUCGCGAAAUCAUACGACAUUAGAUUUUUUUUUACGUAUAACGUACAAAAAUAUAAGAGACGAAAUUUCGAUCAUGAUUUUUACACAUUUGAGAAUACAAAAGGAACGCAAUCAUAUUUUUGUAGCCGAAAAGAGACCAAUCUGGAGGACAAUUAACGGGGAGAAAGAUAUGAUUUAGAUUGUAGUUGGUUACCCAUGUUUAAGCAUUGAUCUCCUGUACAAUUUUAAGAAAGUACAGCCGAUGCCAAAUCACCCCCGCGACUUUUUUCUUACCUUAUACCUUCGAAGAAGGAACCCUUAUCACAUUUGGCUUCCCCAUUCUCAUUUUUCCUAUUCACUUCAUCACCAUGAAUCCCGUUAAGUGUUAGAGUAUAUUUAAAAAUCUAAAGCUUCGUGAAGAUUGUAAUCUUUUUCGAUAUAUUUUCUAUAAAUGAGAAAGAAACCAUUGAUCAAAUUGUGUUACUUACGUAUUUCAUGGAUUAUAACAAUCAAAUUUAUAGCUGUUCUAUAAAUAUAAGACGCAAUCUUCGUUUGGCUUUUUAAAUGAAUUUAUUAUCUUUACUAUCUUCGUUCAUCUUUUUGUACAAAUCAUCACGAAGAAUUUACUCGCAUUUUUAAUGUUUUACGAUCAGAUUUUAGGUAUUGGUGGUGUAGCGUGAUCAAAGCCGUUGAAAGUUCUCCGUAGCCUAUAUAGAAAUCGUACACCAUUUUUUGUUUCUUCGAGAUGGUAGUAGUAGUCUGAAAUUUUGCGCAGCUUACACCUAAGAGAAUGUGUAGGUUUAUUUGGAAACAUUUCACGAGUACAAAUACAAAUCGUAGCUUCUGGAGGUCUUUAAACGGUUCUUGAAAUUAUGCAAGGAUGCAACUUGUAUUCGAAUCGUUUUUUACCGUGUUAACGAAAGUACGAGGUGUUUGACGUACAUACUGUUUACAGAUUUUGGAACAAACCAAAACUUUCCUUCGUUACUUUCUUCGUCGUGAAUGAAUUUACACAAAACAUAAUAUUAAUGUAAAUGUAAUUGUAUAUCUUAAAUGGUACAUUGAUUUUAUAAUGGUAGCUGUUUAUUACAAGUUCUUUUUUUUCUUUUUGUUUAUGAUAAUUUUGUUAACGCCAUCCUGUGAAGUAUGCCCCUUGAAUCGUAUCCUCCUAUUCCCGGUGCACACUUUUUCCGUUCACUCUUUUCCCACUUUGAGAUUAUAAUUCAAAAAUACGACUGGUGGUUACAAGCUAUUUUUUUCGUAGUUCACUCGCGAAGUGCGCUAUGAGUGGUAGAACUGAUUCGUUGUGGAAUUCUAAUGGUCGUUUUUCAUACCGGUUACUGUGUAUUCGAUGUUUCAAUAGCGCUUUCAUGGCUACGAUACUCGUGCUAUGAGAGCAUCGCGAUAAGAAAUCAAAUUGAAGUAACAGUUUUGUACGGAGCACGUUUAAAUUUUAUUCCUCCUCGACAAAACUUCCAAUUCGUUGACUACUCAUACGGAUAAGCAGGUGAAAUUAUGACGAAUUAUCGAAACAAAACGAUGUUCGACGGCAGACUGUGCAUAAGGGACAAAUUUGAUCUUAGCUUUUCUUUUCUUUUUUUUUUUCCUACCUAGCGUGAAAAAGACGCGUGAAACGACUAUAGAAUCUCGUUAGAUCAAAAAGGAUCGCGACAUAAGGAAGAAGGUAGUCUGCCGUCGGG